AAUAUGGCCGCCUCCUUGUGGAGCUGCUGCUGCUGAGUGGAGUUUGGCUCUUCGGGACCUUUCCCCUCCAAGGCUCGCCGCUACACGAAGCGGAACCGCUCUUUGCCCGCCGUGGCGGGGACCGCGAUGGGGCGGACAGGGCUCCCGGGGCAGAAGCAGCAGCAGCCGCCGCAGCCGGACAGGAAGGCAGCCCCGCCUCGGGGGUAGGGCUGUUCUCCCCUCUCGCCGCAGGGAACCGGACUGAGGCCCCUUCCUCCCUUCCAAGGGAGCCUCUUCCUCCUGGAUCCAGAGCCAGGACUGGGGCCGAGCCCAGCAGCCCCUUUUGCCCCAAGCCCUCGGUCCUCCGCAUUGGCCCCACAUGGCAGCCUUCCCGAUUGACUCCAUGCGCCUCUGCUAAGACCCCCUCAAUUCACAGCAAGAAGAGACAGCCUGCCUCGAGAGGGAGAGGCUCUCAGCCACAGCCCCCCUUCGGUUGUUGUUACUCGGAAGGAGGCGACUGGUGUGUGGCCUUGCCAUCGUUUCGCCCCUUCCCAGCUCCUCUCUUGGACACAGUUUCUCAGUGCAGCUCAAGGCCUUGCAGCCUUGUCCUGGGCAAGAGUGUCAAACCUCAGCCACCGCUGUGAGACUUCUAUACUUUAUUCCUCUAUCCUUAUACUUUGCUCCUUGGCUGGCUGUCGUGAGCGCUCUCUCUGCUAGGUUUGCCAGUUACAAGUCACUUUCUUCAACCUAAAAUAUUUUGUCACCCCACCUUUUCAGACUUGCUUUUAAAACCCUUUAGCAGACACCCUUCUUUAUUAUUUAUUCUUUUAUUAACAAAGACAGCUAUCAGCAACGGCUCUCAAGUUUUCUUAAGAUCGCAGGGACAGGGGGGGACAACCUAUAUGCCUAUCUGUGUCUUUAAAGCUUCAGCUGGACAGUGAUAAUCCAUUUCCUGACAGACAGUUGUCCCUUGUAUAGCAGUUGAAUUACUCGCUCAGUUUAUCCCUUCCAAACCGGACACUGCCACCCCACUCUCCAAAAGCUGCUGAGAAGGGACCAUUGCCACACACUUUAACAAACAACAGCAUUUGCAAAUCCACUUUCAAGAAGGCACCUUUUGGCUAAAGCUUCAUCUGGAACUGCAGCUCUCUUGCCCUGCUAGUACUUUUUCUCCUCGUACUUUGUUGGACUGGUGGCUUUCAAUCUUUGGUUGCCUCGGUUCCUUCUCCCAUGGAGUCGGAUAUGCUGCAGUCGCCCCUUCUGGGGCUUGGGGAGGAAGACGAGUCGGACAUGACUGACUGGAAUCUGCCUUUGGCCUUCAUGAAGAAGCGGCACUGCGAGAAGAUUGAAGGCUCCAAGUCGCUGGCUCAGAGUUGGCGAAUGAAAGACCGGAUGAAGACUGUUAGUGUUGCCUUAGUAUUGUGCCUAAAUGUUGGUGUGGACCCUCCCGAUGUGGUGAAGACAACACCAUGUGCCCGUCUUGAAUGCUGGAUAGAUCCUCUGUCAAUGGGGCCCCAGAAAGCUUUGGAAACAAUUGGUGCAAAUUUGCAGAAACAGUAUGAAAAUUGGCAACCAAGAGCCCGGUACAAGCAGAGCCUUGAUCCUACAGUGGAUGAAGUUAAAAAACUGUGUACUUCAUUGCGUCGAAAUGCCAAGGAAGAGAGGGUCCUUUUCCACUACAAUGGACAUGGUGUCCCUAGGCCCACCGUGAAUGGAGAAAUCUGGGUGUUCAACAAGAACUAUACUCAGUACAUCCCAUUAUCUAUAUAUGAUCUGCAGACGUGGAUGGGCAGUCCCUCGAUUUUCGUUUAUGACUGCUCAAACGCUGGACUUAUUGUCAAAUCUUUCAAACAGUUUGCUCUGCAGAGGGAGCAAGAGCUGGAGGUGGCAGCAAUUAACCCAAACCACCCACUGGCUCAGAUGCCCUUGCCCCCAUCAAUGAAAAAUUGUAUUCAACUGGCAGCAUGUGAAGCUAGUGAGUUACUACCGAUGAUCCCUGACCUACCAGCAGACCUGUUCACAUCCUGCCUUACUACACCAAUCAAGAUUGCACUGAGAUGGUUUUGCAUGCAGAAGAGUGUGAGACUGGUACCAGGAGUCACCCUUGAUUUAAUAGAAAAAAUUCCUGGGAGGCUAAAUGACAGGCGAACGCCUCUGGGAGAAUUGAAUUGGAUCUUUACAGCCAUCACUGAUACAAUUGCAUGGAAUGUCCUACCCAGAGAUCUUUUUCAGAAGCUCUUCAGGCAGGAUCUGCUAGUGGCAAGCCUAUUUCGAAAUUUCUUACUUGCAGAGAGGAUAAUGAGAUCUUACAACUGCACCCCAGUCAGCAGUCCUCGUUUACCUCCAACGUACAUGCAUGCCAUGUGGCAAGCUUGGGAUCUCGCUGUAGAUAUAUGCCUUUCUCAGUUGCCUACUAUAAUAGAAGAGGGAACUGCAUUCAGGCACAGCCCAUUCUUUGCUGAACAGCUAACAGCAUUUCAGGUAUGGCUGACGAUGGGAGUAGAAAACCGCAAUCCACCAGAACAGCUUCCCAUUGUACUGCAGGUGCUGUUGAGUCAAGUGCAUCGGCUGCGAGCUCUUGAUUUACUGGGGAGAUUUUUGGAUCUGGGUCCCUGGGCUGUUAGCUUGGCAUUGUCUGUUGGCAUUUUCCCCUAUGUAUUAAAGCUGCUUCAGAGUUCUGCUCGGGAGCUAAGACCUCUUCUGGUCUUCAUCUGGGCCAAAAUCCUUGCAGUGGACAGUUCAUGCCAAGCUGACCUUGUGAAGGAUAAUGGUCACAAAUAUUUCCUUUCUGUUUUGGCAGAUCCCUACAUGCCGGCUGAACACAGGACAAUGACAGCUUUCAUCCUGGCAGUGAUUGUCAACAACUACAAUACAGGGCAGGAAGCCUGUCUUCAAGGGAACUUGAUUGCUAUUUGCCUGGAGCAGCUAAAUGACCCACAUCCUCUUCUACGCCAGUGGGUAGCUAUUUGCUUAGGACGUAUCUGGCAAAAUUUUGACUCUGCCAGGUGGUGUGGAGUAAGGGACAGUGCCCAUGAAAAGCUCUACAGCCUUCUGUCUGACCCAAUCCCAGAGGUUCGCUGUGCUGCAGUCUUUGCCCUUGGUACCUUUGUGGGCAAUUCGGCUGAGCGGACCGAUCAUUCUACUACUAUUGAUCAUAAUGUUGCAAUGAUGUUGGCUCAGCUCAUCAAUGAUGGAAGUCCCAUGGUCCGAAAGGAGCUGGUGGUAGCAUUGAGUCACCUUGUGAUCCAGUAUGAAAGUAAUUUCUGCACUGUUGCCUUGCAAUUUAUGGAGGAAGAAAAGAACUAUACACUACCUUCACCAGCUGCUCCAGAGGGUGGAAGCCUGACUCCAGUGCGAGACAGCCCAUGCACACCUAAACUCCGUUCUGUCAGCUCCUAUGGGAAUAUCCGAGCAGUCACCACAGCAAGGAACUUGAAUAAGUCUCUGCAGAAUCUCAGCUUGAAUGAGGAAUCUGGAAGCUCUGUUGCAUUUUCCCCUGGAAACUUGAGCACCAGCAGCAGUGCCAGCAGCACGUUGGGCAGCUCUGAGAAUGAAGAGUAUAUCCUGUCCUUUGAGACCAUUGACAAGAUGAGAAGAGUCAGCUCCUACUCGUCACUGAAUUCCCUUAUAGGGGUUUCUUUUAACAGUGUUUAUACACAGAUUUGGAGAGUCCUCUUGCACUUGGCUGCUGACCCAUACCCAGACGUUUCAGACCUAGCUAUGAAAGUGCUCAACAGCAUUGCUUACAAGAUUAUGCAAGUGAGAGUAAAACUGGAUUGCAGAUUCAAGCCACAACGGCUGCCCAGUGCAGGUGAUCUAGUACAUGCAACUGUAAAUGCUCGUCCCCAGCGCAUCCUUGACACUUCUUCCCUCACACAGUCUGCCCCAGCCAGUCCAACAAAUAAAGGCAUGCACAUACACCAAGUGGGAGGAUCACCACCAGCCACUAGCACCAGUAGCUCCAGUUUGACCAAUGAUGUGACAAAACAGCCUGUCAGCCGGGACAUCUCAUCUGUAAGACCUGCAAAUGUGGGCAGUGUAGGAGUGCAAUACACACCCCACUCCCACCAGUUUCCUAGAACUAGGAAAAUGUUUGACAAAGGCCCAGAUCAGACAGCUGAUGAUGCUGAUGAUACUGUGGGACACAAAAACUUCAUGUCAGUAACAAUGCAGACAGGGUUUUGUGACUGGAGUGCCAAAUAUUUUGCCCAGCCAGUGAUGAAGAUUCCAGAAGAACAUGAUUUGGAGAGCCAGGUCCGUAAAGAGAGGGAAUGGCGGUUCUUACGCAAUGCCCGAGUCAGAAAGCAAGCACAGAAAAUCAUCCAAAAAGGCAUUUCACGACUAGAUGAUCAAAUAUUUCUGAACAGAAAUCCUGGCAUGCCCUCCGUAGUCAAAUUUCACCCAUUUACCCCAUGUAUAGCAGUGGCUGAUAAAGACAGCAUCUGCUUCUGGGAUUGGGAAAAAGGGGAGAAGAUGGAUUAUUUUCACAAUGGAAAUCCACGCUACACAAGAAUCACAGCCAUGGAAUAUUUGAAUGGACAAGACUACUCCCUGCUCUUGACAGCUACAGAUGAUGGUGCUAUAAGGGUGUGGAAAAACUUCGCUGACCUGGAGAAGAAUCCAGAGAUGGUGACCGCUUGGCAGGGCUUAUCAGACAUGCUGCCAACAACACGUGGUCUGGCCCGAAGGGUUUCAAUCUAUCUUGACAGAAGUAAACAGGGAGGAGCAGGGAUGGUGGUAGACUGGGAACAAGAAACUGGUCUUCUCAUGACAUCAGGAGAUGUGCGGAUUAUCCGAAUCUGGGAUACAGAUCGAGAAAUGAAAGUGCAGGAUAUUCCAACAGGGGCUGACAGCUGUGUCACCAGCUUGUCCUGUGACUCUCAUCGGUCACUCAUUGUAGCAGGACUGGGUGACGGCUCCAUUCGUGUUUAUGACAGGCGGAUGGCUCUCAGUGAAUGCCGUGUGAUGACCUAUCGAGAGCAUACAGCUUGGGUGGUGAAAGCCUAUUUGCAGAAACAUCCUGAAGGCAACAUCAUGAGUGUCAGUGUAAACGGUGAUGUCCGUUUCUUCGACCCAAGAAUGCCAGAAUCAGUGAAGGUCCUUCAGAUAGUCAAAGGACUGACAGCUCUAGAUAUUCAUCCGCAUGCCAAUUUGUUUGCCUGUGGCUCCAUGAAUCAGUUUACUGCAAUCUACAAUGGGAAUGGUGAGCUGAUCAACAAUAUCAAGUACUAUGAUGGAUUCAUGGGCCAGAGAGUUGGUGCCAUCAGCUGCCUAGCCUUCCAUCCACACUGGCCUCACUUGGCAGUUGGAAGCAAUGACUACUACAUCUCGGUAUACUCAGUGGAGAAACGAAUCAGAUAACAGUGUGUGGCUGCUUUUUGAGAGCAGGACAUCUUCUGGCAGGCGGGACCAUGUCUCACUCAUGAUGUACAUAAUGAAAGUAUCGACUUGAAUGUUUUGUGUUGGCUGCUGUUGCUGCUACUGCUGCUGUGCAACCCUGUAACUUGAACAAUUUUUUCUCCUGAUUUAGCUACUGAUGAUUUUGUGUCAGAGGGAGAGAAGCAAUCCUUUGCUUUUCUUCGCAGCUAGAGCCUCCAGAAGAUAUAGAAAAGAAGCAUUUAUAUUUUCAGCAGGUUCCAUCACCAUCACGCCAUAUGACUGCUUCUCUAGUUGUUUGACAAUAUGGUUCCUAAGAACUAAUGAAACAAUUCAUUCCUGGAAGAGGGGGUGGGGUGUCCUUUAAAUCAGGAAUUGAUCCAGACUUUACUUAUUUUUCCACAUAUUCUACCUAAAAUGUCUGCGGCUGCUACCUAUUUUGUGCCAAGUGCUGGUCUGGGCAGUCGCAUGCGAGCAGGCUGCCUGGCCUUGGAUAGUCCGUGUAUACCUUUCUACUCUAUAUGCCACUGGCCACCUUCUCUAGCAUUCACUAUUGCAUUGGAAAUAGACAAAAGGAAUUUGUGGGAGUCCUCAAGAAGAGAGAGUUUCAGUGCUGAGAAACUACUACAGAAUUGACUGCCACCCAAAGGGGGAAACAGGAAACUGCCCCCAGUUCCUUGAUGUCCAUUGGGAAACUGGAGUAAUAACUUUGAAUAGCUGCAUCAGAUUAUGGGAGAGGAGAUUUCCCCCUGUUACAUCCACUCCAUCCUUAAGUUGCUCCAGUUUGCUCACAGAAGAACUGCAUAAGCACAAGAAAAGGCCUGCUACCUCCAUAUAGACAUUAAGGAGUUUGCUUAUCAUUGUACCACUGCCUUAAAUUGUCCCGCACCCCAUCCUCUCCUUUUGCAGAAGUGCUAUUGUUCAGCUUGAUAAAUGGAUGCAGUUACUUACAGCACACAUACAGAUCAGGCUCUGCUCCCCUCUCCCACUUUGAAUACUGCACCUAGGAUGAACAUAGGGGCAGCUUUACAUACUUGGCCCCCUGUGUUUUGUUUGCAUGCAUAUGUGCUGUUUGCAAGAGAACUGCUGGUAUUCCUGCUCUCUAGAUAAUGCUGGUUCCAUCUCAUGUACCAUCUGUCACUCAUACAGUGAAGAAAGCAAUCCCUUUUGGACCCAGGCAAGGAACCCCAACUAAAGAACUACCUGGAUUGCUAUGGACACAAAAAACAAGAAGGCUCUGUAUUGCAUUGUGCUAGGCUAGAGCAACAGUCUAGGCAUUGGUGCCAAUAAGUAUUGUCUAAAAAUCUGUGGAGAGGCAUGAAAAUGCAGUCUUACCAAUAAUGUCACUGACUGUGGUUUCAUUAAGAAUAGAGACCCACCAAGUCUGUCUUGUGUAAUGGAAGUCAGCUUUGCCAUGCUUGAAGAUCCUUCUCCUGGGUCUAGCUAUGAAGCCUUUUCUAUGUGUAGUUUUGCAGGUUUUUGAGUUCUAAGAGUCACCAUGCAGGGUGCAAGGAGAACUGCUCCUACAGCUAGAAAUUGCAUUGCAGGUCACCAAAAUGAAGUGAGGUAAAUAAGAGGUUGAGGUGAUUUGGAACAGUUUACAGUUUGCUUACUCCAGCCUCAUUUGUGCUGGGAUAUGCAAUCUUUGGCCCCCUGUAAGUGGAAUGAACUCAGGGAAGGACAGAUAGAUGAAUGACAUUGCUAACAAGCAUCAAGCUAGUGUCUAGGAUCCAUGUAUAACUGAUCUAAACCUACACAAAUAAAAGCAAAUGAAAAUAGGAUGAUUAUUUUUUUGUAAUCUAGAUCCAGUGUGUUUGUUUCAAGAACAAAAUCCCUUGUGCUUCCUCUUAGCUUCCACAACCAGCGCUAUGGUUGUAGCAUUCGCUUCCUUUUUUAUUUUUAAACUAAUGCCACCAGACUGUCAACUUUCACCCAAAUAUGUUAGGGGAAGGCUGUGCGUUUUCACAGGUCUGAUGUGGAGACCCAAUCAUGAUGUUUAACUGAGACUCCAGAAAGCAUCCUACAUACACAGUUCACUUAUCUCUAUAUUUAUUUUCCCCAAAAAAAUAAAAGGAGAAAUGCAAACAUUUAAUAAUAAGCCACCACAAGAUUGUAAUGUGAGAGUAAAACAAUUAAUGAAUAAAUGGUUAAUAAAAUGUACAUGCUGAAACAACCUCUGGUCAGUGAGACUUCCUAUUGUUAGAUGCAGCAGAAAGAAACCUUUGGAAACCUGAGUCUAGUUUUGUUUUUUCCUUUUUUGGUGUGGAGUGGGAGAAUAAGAGGAAUUGAAGUGUUCUGUCCUCUCCAUACCUCCUGAACAACAUUGUGUAUGAGAGGGUUUCUAGCUACUCCUGGGCAAAGGGGAGGAGAAGGUGAGAAAUACAAUUUUGAAAUAUUCAUACAGUGCACCCUUGUCCUUGUGUCUCCAUCCUUCCUAAAUAGCUAAAGCUGUUCUUGACCUCUCUCCUUUAAAAGGUGGACGGAGGUGUGGCAGAGAUGCCUUGCAGCCUAGGAACCUGCCCAGCCAAGUCCAGGAAGAAGCAGUUUUCAAAUUUUAUUUAUUUAUUUAUUUAUUUUGCUCUCCUGAUUUAUAUGGAAAGUGAAGAGGUUGAAACGGUUACUGUUUUGGAGAAUAACUCUGGCGGGGGGGGGGGGGUUCUAAGAAUUAUACAGGCAUACUUCAGUUAACAAAGCCUCUGACAAAGAAGCUCCUUUUUAGUUUUUUAGUGCUGAUCCAGCCUUCACUUUUGUCCUUGUCCACUAAGUUUCAGCAGCAUUACUAUUGAGAAGUUGGUAGAGGAGGGCUGGAGAAACACAACUUUUCAUUGUCAGGUUGCAGCAACACAUCUGCAGUAAGCAACUCUCAGUAAAGCUUGAGCUGGAAAAUAAUGUGAUCCUAGUCUAACUAAUACUAGUAUAUUUGUUUAUGCCUGCCUACAGCAACAGUAAAUUAAACAGCAACUGUCUCCAGAACCCUGUAUUGAGCAAGUGUGAACAGAAAAACUGAGAAGGAGAAAGCAGGUUAACCUACCUCACCAGCUACCCCUGUAUAUUGAAAACAAAAAGCAAAGAUCUAUAAAUUGCCACCAAAAUAGAAAUCUGAAGGCAGGUGAAAUAAACAAUAAUGCCUGGAUGCAUUGUGGAAGAAUCUGUCUCUUGAUCUCUGGAAGCUUAAAUAUGUUUUUCCUUACUUACACAAGGCUUACCUGACCUGGUUGUUUCAUUUUUCUUGUGUAUAUUAGUUUUAAAGAAAAAAGUUUGCUGAAACA